AUGGCGACUUCAUAUCAAGAUUUAGCCGAUAAUAUCCGAAAUAAGCAAAAUCAACGAAAACUAGAAAUGGAACGAUCGCAUAAUAACAACGAUGAAUACCAAAAGCCAAGGAUCGAUGGGAAUGGAUUUGAGCGCAGUGCAUCAUUUAAUUUUGAACUUUAUAACUCUAUCAUGUCGGAUUAUUUGGUAGUACUGGCUCGGCGAGCUACAAGAUGGCAAAAACUUUGGCCCUCAUCAAAUCAACGUCAGCCUAAACGAUCUGCAACAAUUAAAAGAUAUAUCAGGAAAGGUGUUCCAGAUGGUGUACGGAAACAAGUAUGGAUGUUUGCUAGUGGUGCCGAUAAAUUAAUGAAACAAAAUAAAGGCGUAUAUCGAAAUUUAUUAAGCAAAGCUGAUAAUGCAGAUGUUAUAUCAAGCGUUGAAAAAGAUCUUUUCCGCACCUAUCCUGACAAUAUUCAUUUUCGACGAGAUUCGGAUGACAGUAAAUGCGAACAAUUAUACGAUGUCUUAAUCGUUUACGGACACUACAACAAAGGUGUUGGCUACUGCCAGGGUUUAAACUACAUUGCUGCUAUGCUACUAUUGGUUAUAAAAGAUGAAGAAUCUACGUUUUGGCUACUUGUAGCUUUAACAAUGAAUCUAUUGCCAAAUUAUUACUCGAAAGGAUUGAAUGAUUUAAUUGUUGAUCAAGCCGUUUUCGAUAAAUUACUGAGUAAAAAAUUACCUGAUUUACAUGCACAUUUGAAAUCUCAUGGCGUUGAUGUACCUUUAUUUGCUACGAAAUGGUUCAUCUGUUUGUUUGCUGAUGUUUUGCCUUCUGAAACAGUUCUUCGUUUAUGGGAUGCAUUCUUUUAUGAGGGAUCAAAAAUAAUAUUUCGCGCUGCGUUAACUAUUAUGAUCAAACUAGAUGAGCGGCUGAGAUCAAAGGAUGACCUGGCUUCGAUAUUAGAAAUUUUCAAGUCGAUAGCAGAAUUACCCGAAUUUCUUAACUGUCAUCAAUUCAUAGCGGCAAUAUUUGAGAUACCGAAUCCACUAUCAAUGGAUACAAUUAAACAAUUACGCCAGGAGUGCGCAAAACCAUCGAAUUGA